AUGGCCUCCGUGCAAGUCGCGCGGCCUCCACCGCCUUCUCCUCCCACGACUGUCGCCCCUACUGCCACCAAAUCGCAUCGCCAGUCGUCGCUCUCCAGUUUCCCGCCCUCGCGCUCCCCGUCCACACUCUCGCGCCCCUCGCGCUCGCCCGCGCCGGCUCUGAUCCCCCGCGAUUACAGCCCCUCUGCCUCGUCGCGCAGCUUUAGACCGCGCUCGUCAAGCCGAAUGGGUCGCCCUCUGCGCUCGCAGUACCCCUCGAAUUCGCGCGAGAACCAUGUCGAGUACAUUCUUGUCGCGAGCUUCGAUAUCGACCGGGGGAGUAUCAUGGAGCACCAAUACCCCGGUCCAAUCAGCGGCGACGAGCAUAUGCUGGCAGACCUGAUGCUUCCGGAUCAGGCUCACGUCCGUAGUCAGGACUGGACAAUAUUUUUCUUGCACAAGGAUACCGAGGCUGAGGAGGAGGCCAAAGAGGAGCGGCGAGAGCGCAGGCGUCUGCGCAGUGAGCGGAAGGCGAAGAAGGCCGCCAACGGCAACGGCACCGGAGAGAAUGGCGCCGUCUCAGACGAGGAGGAGGAUGACGACGAUGAUGAUCUCGACUCGGAAGACUCGGAAGAGAGUGACGAUGAGGGUUUUGAGGGGCCGCCUUUAAUAUAUGUGCUUAACUUAGUGAAUACCAAGCAAGACAAUACAGUAAAAAGAGGCGCUGUCUGCAAAGCAAUGGCAAUCUGCACAAGGCACAGCUUCCUCCACAUUUACAAGCCAUUACUGCUGCUUGCUAUCGAGGAAUACUUCCGUAACCCCGAACCAGAGACACUCGCUUCCCUAUAUGACUCUCUCAAUUCCAUGGAUCUCUCGCUAUUACCAAGACUGUCUUUCCUCGAACGCAAUAUCCUCCAGGCCUCUUCCGCACCCGAUAUGUUCAUCGAGAAAUUCGAGCAAAUGGUCGCCCAAAGACAGCUCGAAGAUAUGAAGGACACGCGACUAGCGCUGUCCAAGACAACUUCGGGAUCUCCAACUCGUGCGCCUGCCAACAAAUACACUCUUCCAAGAGACACACAUGAGUUUGAGUCUCGGGUCAUGUACAACGGGAUCCCAGUGCCCAUCAAGGUUCCAACUGCUAUUCAGCCGGAGACCGUUGGAGAUUUCUCCCUCAUCAAGCUCAUCCAGACCUUCUCUACACCGCACGCCGCUUCUCCACAACCUUUCACGCUGCAUCCGCACCUCACAACUUCUGGAGCCUAUACACAUCCGAUUAUUGUGCUGGUCAACGCUCUGCUGACCCAAAAACGCAUCGUCUUUCUCGGUCAUAAUCGUCCCUCUGGAGAAGUCGCUGAGGCUGUCCUUGCAGCGUGUGCACUAGCAUCCGGAGGCGUGCUACGAGGAUUCACUCGCCACGCAUUUCCCUAUACCGAUCUGACAAAAAUUGAUGACUUGAUCCAAGUUCCCGGAUUUAUUGCCGGUGUCACCAACCCUGCGUUCGCUCAUAAGCCGGAGUGGUGGGAUGUGCUUUGCGAUCUGCCUGCAGGUCGUAUGAAGAUCUCUCACAAGAUCGAAGGCGCAGGGAUAACAGACGGCCUACUCUACUUUCAACAGCAGCAGGCUAUGCUGCCCCCCGGGCUUGCGAGCGCUCUUGGUCAAGGUCUGAAUGCUAACCUCAGCAUGAGCAUGCCCAGCACCAGCGGAAAGGAUGUCGAUCCCACGGGAGACACCCAAUUCAUGGAAGCCAUCCUCGGUGCCAUCUCCAAUCGUCUUGGAGAAGGAGCAAUCCGAUCGCGCUUCCGUGACUGGGUGCUGAAGUUCACGCGGCUCGCAGCCGCGUCCGAGGAGACGGUAUACGGAGCUUCGGCUCUGCACAUCGGCGCGCAAUCCGCGGCUUCGGCGCUGUCGCCCACGUCGCCCGAAGCCGAGUUCUCGCCCAUCGACGCCAAUAUCAAGGGACAUGGCUACGUGUGGGCCACCGAGUCCGAGAGGCUGCGGGAGCUGGGCGCGAACGUGCAUCGGGUGGAAGGGUGGCGCAACACGCGCUCGUACUACAGCUACGUCCAGGACCUGGCGCGCAUGUGGGAGCGACAGCCCAUCCGGCACCUCGACCUGCUCUGGUUGCUUGACCGCCUGCGCGCAACGCGCCUGACCCACGAGCAGAGCGCCGGCGUCUACCUCGCCCUCGCCCGCGCGGUCGAGGAGGCCGGCAAGCCAAAGCCGGGCGACAGCAAAGAAGACGCCGCGAGCAACCACAACAACAACAUCGCCGCCAUCAUGAACGAGAACGAGAACAGCGCCUCUCCGGACGAAGACGGCAACGGCAGCCCGGUCAGUCCGACGGCAAAGGUCGGGCCGGACCACCGCGCGCUCUCGCCCACCUCGGCCGCGGCGCAGCGCCAGUACGACACGAUCCUGCAGCUGCUGAGCGUGACGCCCGAAUCCAACAGCGGCCUCUUCCACCUCUCGCUCGGCCUGUUCCACCCGCGCGUCGACGUGCGCCAGGCCGUCGUCGCCCUGCUCGAGAAGGUCAUGGAUCACCCGGCCGGCCGCCACUUCUGGGCCAGCCUCGGCCGCUUCGCCAAGCUGGCGCUGUACCGCAUCAAGAGGGAGCAGGAGGUGGUGGUCACGCCUGGGCUGCUGUAG